GAUAUAUAUUUAUAUAGUGUUGUUAUUGUAGAUGGCUGCACCACCAGUGAUAUAUAUUUAUAUAGUGUUGUUAUUGUAGAUGGCUGCACCACCAGUGAUAUAUAUUUAUAUAGUGUUGUUAUUGUAGUUGGCUGCACCACCAGUGAUAUAUAUUUAUAUAGUGUUGUUAUUGUAUUCGGCUGCACCACCAGUGAUAUAUAUUUAUAUAGUGUUGUUAUUGUAGUUGGUUACACCACCAGUGAUAUAUAUUUAUAUAGUGUUGUUAUUGUAGUUGGCUGCACCACCAGUGAUAUAUAUUUAUAUAGUGUUGUUAUUGUAGGUGGCUGCAACACCAGUGAUAUAUAUUUAUAUAGUGUUGUUAUUGUAGGUGGCUGCAACACCAGUGAUAUAUAUUUAUAUAGUGUUGUUAAUGUAGUUGGCUGCACCACCAGUGAUAUACAUUUUUGGUUGGGAAUCAUUAAUGGACAGCAAUGGUCAAACCUUGUCUCUGAGUUAAGUAUUCAACCCCUUUGUUAAUGCAAGCCUAAAUCAUUUUGGGAGGGGUGAGUGUAACCGAUGUGAAAUGGCUAGCUAGUUAGCAGUGGUGCGUGCUAAUAGCGUUUCAAUCGGUGACGUCACUCGCUCUGAGACCUUGAAGUAGUGUUUCCCCUUGCUCUGCAAGGGCCGUGGCUUUUGUGGAGCGAUGGGUAACGAUGCUUCGUGGGUGUCAGUUGUUGAUGUGUGCAGAGGGUCCCUGGUUCGAGCCCGGGUAGGGGCAAGGAGAGGAACGGAAGCUAAACUGUUACACUGAGUCUCCCUACCUGAUUGGCUGAAACAUUCCAUGGUCUCUCUUAGCAGGAGGUCACGCAGCCCCAGGAGGAGAGUCUCUUUCCUUAGGGAAUUGAAUAUUGUUCCGUUAUUGAUGGAUAUAUCGUUUGUCCAACCGGGAAAGGUGGGUCAUUGUUCAGGGCAUAAUGUUCCCUACAUAGGGGAGAAUGUGGGUAUGAUUCCCUACACAAUGACACAAAACAUGACAUGUUCUCCUUGAAAUACAGAGAAGUUAUUCACAAUGGGGAGAAUGCACAAUAUCAUUUCAAAUGUCUACAGCACACAAUGAUCACAGCUUGCAUCAGUGGACUUCUUGCCUCACAGCCUUAUGUAAUGAUUUCUCCCAAACAGCAGGGUUUUUGGUGUCCUUUUAGAGCAGGGCGAGCCAUUUGGCGGGCCCCUGCUGUUACGGUGCCAUCCUGUCCUGGACAGAAUGUUUGAAGUGGAUGUUCUGCCAUUUAAUGGCCCUCUGGAGGGUUAUGUUGUGAUCUGAAGUAGGUUGGGAAAGGGGGAGUGGCUGGGUUGUGUCAUGUCUUUUCAUCUCUACUGUUGUCAUGUCGAUGGGCGAGUAGAUCUGUAUUGGUAUGGUCUUCCAACUGCAAGGCCUUUGGAAUUGGCCUGGUCGUUCGUCAGCACCACAUCCAUACAUUGGCAUAAACAUUUGUGUAAUUGUCCCACUGAAAAAUAUGACUUUAUCCCAGUAAUCGGUUUUCAGACGACUACGGUGGGUUGUCCUCUAACUUCUUACCUCGGCUCCUUUCAUAUUUCUGAUAACUCCCCUGAUGACAAGCAUACCCAUAACUCCCCAGUCCCUGAUGACAAGCAUACCCAUAACUCCCCAGUCCCUGAUGACAAGCAUACCCAUAACUCCCCAGUCCCUGAUGACAAGCAUACCCAUAACUCCCCAGUCCCUGAUGACAAGCAUACCCAUAACUCCCCAGUCACUGAUGACAAGCAUACCCACAACUCCCCAGUCCCUGAUGACAAGCAUACCCAUAACUCCCCAGUCCCUGGUGACAAGCAUACCCAUAACUCCCCUGAUGACAAGCAUACCCAUAACUCCCCAGUCCCUGAUGACAAGCAUACCCAUAACUCCCCAGUCCCUGAUGACAAGCAUACCCAUAACUCCCCUGAUGACAAGCAUACCCACAACUCCCCUGAUGACAAGCAUACCCAUAACUCCCCAGUCCCUGAUGACAAGCAUACCCAUAACUCCCCUGAUGACAAGCAUACCCAUAACUCCCCAGUCCCUGAUGACAAGCAUACCCAUAACUCCCCAGUCCCUGAUGACAAGCAUCCCCAUAACUCCCCUGUCCCUGAUGACAAGCAUACCCAUAACUCCCCAGUCCCUGAUGACAAGCAUAACCAUAACUCCCCUGAUGACAAGCAUACCCAUAACUCCCCAGUCCCCGAUGACAAGCAUACCCAUAACUCCCCAGUCCCUGAUGACAAGCAUACCCAUAACUCCCCUGAUGACAAGCAUACCCAUAACUCCCCAGUCCCUGGUGACAAGCAUACCCAUAACUCCCCAGUCCCUGAUGACAAACAUACCCAUAACUCCCCAGUCCCUGGUGACAAGCAUACCCAUAACUCCCCUGAUGACAAGCAUACCCAUAACUCCCCAGUCCCUGAUGACAAGCAUACCCAUAACUCCUCCAGUCCCUGAUGACAAGCAUACCCAUAACUCCCCAGUCCCUGAUGACAAGCAUACCCAUAACUCCCCAGUCCCUGAUGACAAGCAUACCCAUAACUCCCCAGUCCCUGAUGACAAGCAUACCCAUAACUCCCCGAUGACAAGCAUACCCAUAACUCCCCAGUCCCUGGUGACAAGCAUACCCAUAACUCCCCAGUCCCUGGUGACAAGCAUACCCAUAACUCCCCAGUCCCUGAUGACAAGCAUACCCAUAACUCCCCAGUCCCUGAUGACAAGCAUACCCAUAACUCCCCUGAUGACAAGCAUACCCAUAACUCCCCUGAUGACAAGCAUACCCAUAACUCCCCAGUCCCUGAUGACAAGCAUACCCAUAACUCCCCAGUCCCAGAUGACAAGCAUACCCAUAACUCCCCAGUCACUGAUGACAAGCAUACCCAUAACUCCCCUGAUGACAAGCAUACCCAUAACUCCCCAGUCCCUGAUGACAAGCAUACCCAUAACUCCCCUGAUGACAAGCAUACCCAUAACUCCCCUGAUGACAAGCAUACCCAUAACUCCCCAGUCCCUGAUGACAAGCAUACCCAUAACUCCCCAGUCCCUGAUGACAAGCAUACCCAUAACUCCCCAGUCCCCGAUGACAAGCAUACCCAUAACUCCCCAGUCCCUGGUGACAAGCAUACCCAUAACUCCCCAGUCCCUGGUGACAAGCAUACCCAUAACUCCCCAGUCCCUGGUGACAAGCAUACCCAUAACUCCCCAGUCCCUGAUGACAAGCAUACCCAUAACUCCCCAGUCCCUGAUGACAAGCAUACCCAUAACUCCCCGAUGACAAGCAUACCCAUAACUCCCCAGUCCCUGGUGACAAGCAUACCCAUAACUCCCCAGUCCCUGAUGACAAGCAUACCCAUAACUCCCCAGUCCCUGAUGACAAGCAUAUCCAUAACUCCCCAGUCACUGAUGACAAGCAUACCCAUAACUCCCCAGUCCCUGGUGACAAGCAAACCCAUAACUCCCCAGUCCCUGGUGACAAGCAUACCCAUAACUCCCCAGUCCCUGAUGACAAGCAUACCCAUAACUCCCCAGUCCCUGAUGACAAGCAUACCCAUAACUCCCCGAUGACAAGCAUACCCAUAACUCCCCAGUCCCUGAUGACAAGCAUACCCAUAACUCCCCAGUCCCUGAUGACAAGCAUACCCAUAACUCCCCAGUCCUUGAUGACAAGCAUACCCAUAACUCCCCAGUCCCUGAUGACAAGCAUACCCAUAACUCCCCGAUGACAAGCAUACCCAUAACUCCCCAGUCCCUGAUGACAAGCAUACCCAUAACUCCCCAGUCCCUGAUGACAAGCAUACCCACAACUCCCCAGUCCCUGAUGACAAGCAUACCCAUAACUCCCCAGUCCCUGAUGACAAGCAUACACAUAACUCCCCUGAUGACAAGCAUACCCAUAACUCCCCAGUCCCUGAUGACAAGCAUACCCAUAACUCCCCAGUCCCUGAUGACAAGCAUACCCAUAACUCCCCUGAUGACAAGCAUACCCAUAACUCCCCAGUCCCUGAUGACAAGCAUACCCAUAACUCCCCUGAUGACAAGCAUACCCAUAAUAUAAUGCCACAAUACUAAUAACAUCUUUAUGCCAAAGACACACCAGAAUGGCUUUCCAAUAGGUGUUGAGUGUUCCUGGGUGGUCCAGUCUCAGUCCUGACUUAAAUUUGAAAAUCAGAGACAAGGUUUGAAUAAUGCAUCCAAUCCAUGUCUCAGUUGUCUCAAGGUUUAUAAACCGUUCUUUAAUCUGUCUCCUCUCCUUCAUCUACACUGAUUGAAGUGGAUUUAAGAGGUAACAUCAAUAAUGGAUCAUAGCUUUCACCUGGAUUCUUCUGGUCAGUCUAUGUUGUUGAAAGAGCAGGUGUUCCUAAUGUUUUGUACACUCAGUGUGUGUAUCUACUGUACCGGUCAAAGGUUUGGACACGCCUACUCAUUCCAGGGUUUUUCUUUAUUUUUACUAUUUUAUACAUUGUAGAAUAAUAGGGAAGACAUCAACACUAUGAAAUAACACAUAUGGAAUCAUGUAGUAACCAAAACAAUGCUAAACAAAUCUAAAUAUAUUUUAUAUUUGAGAUUCUUCAAAGUAGCCACCCUUUGCCCUUUGCCAGGGGUGAACAGGCAGUGACUCGAGUGGUUGUUGUCCUUGAUGAUCUUUUUGACCUUCCUGUGACAUUGGGUGCUGUAGGUGUCCUGGAGGGCAGGUAGUUUGACCUCGGUGAUGCGUUGUGCAGACCGCACCACCCUCUGGAGAGCCCUGCGGUUGUGGGCGGUGCAGUUUCCGUACCAGGCAGUGAUGCAGCGUGACAGGAUGCUCUCGAUUGUGCAUCUGUAAAAAUUUGAGGGUUUUAGGUGACAAGACACAUUUCUUCAGCCUCCUGAGGUUGAAGAGGCACUGUUGCGCUUUCUUCGCCACACUGUCUGUGUUGGUGGACCAUUUCAGAUAGUCCAUGAUGUGUACGCCAAGGAACUUAAAACUUUGACAUGCUGACUGCAGAAAUGUCCACCAGAACAGUUGCCAGAGUAUCGAAUGCUAAUUUCUCUACCAUAACCCGCUUACAAUGUCGUUUUGGAGAAAUUGGCAUUACACUAUAUAUUCAAAGUACACCCCUUCAAAUUAGUGGAUUCGUCUAUUUCAGCCACACCCGUUGCUGACAGGUUUAUAAAAUCGAGCACACAGCCAUACAAUCUCCAUAGGAAAACAUUGACAGUAAAAUGGCCUUACUGAAGAGCUCAGUGACUUUCAACGUAGCACUUAAAUAUCAUCUGUCCUCAGUUGCAACACUCACUACCGAGUUCCAAGCUGCCUCAAGAAGCAAUGUCAGCACAAUAACUGUUCGUCUGUAUAUGAAGUGGAUUUCCAUUGCCGAGCAGCCACACACAAGCCUAAGAUUACCAAGCGCAAUGUAAAGCUCGCCGCCAUUGGACUCUGGAGCAGCGCAAACACGUUCUCUGGAAUGACGAAUCCCUUUUUUUCCAUCUGGCAGUCCGACAAAUCUGGGUUUGGCGGAUGCCAGGAGGAUGCUAUCUGCCCCAAUGUACAGUGCCAACUAAAGUUUGGUGGAGGAGGAAAAAUGUUCUGGGGCUGUUUUUCAUGGUUCGGGCCCCUUAUUUCUGGUGAAGGGAAAUCUUAAUGCUACAGCAUAACAAUGCCUCCGUGCACAAAGCGAGGUCCAUACAGUCAUCAAUCAAAUGUAUUUAAAAAGCCCUUUUUACAUCAGCAGAUGUCACAAAGUGCUUAAACAGAAACCCAGCCUAAAACACCAAACAGCAAUGCAGGUGUAGAAGCACGGUGGCAACUCCCUAGAAAGGCAGGAACCUAAGAAGAAACUUAGAGGAACCAGGCUCUGAGGGGUGACCAGUCCUCUACUGGCUGUACUGGGUAGAGAGGAACCAGGCUCUGAGGGGUGGCCAGUCCUCUUCUGGCUGUACUGGGUAGAGAGGAACCAGGCUCUGAGGGGUGGCCAGUCCUCUUCUGGAUGUACUGGGUAGAGAGGAACCAGGCUCUGAGGGGUGGCCAGUCCUCUUCUGGAUGUACUGGGUAGAGAGGAACCAGGCUCUGAGGGGUGGCCAGUCCUCUUCUGGAUGUACUGGGUAGAGAGGAACCAGGCUCUGAGGGGUGGCCAGUCCUCUUCUGGCUGUACUGGGUAGAGAGGAACCAGGCUCUGAGGGGUGGCCAGUCCUCUUCUGGAUGUACUGGGUAGAGAGGAACCAGGCUCUGAGGGGUGGCCAGUCCUCUGCUGGAUGUACUGGGUAGAGAGGAACCAGGCUCUGAGGGGUGGCCAGUCCUCUUCUGGAUGUACUGGGUAGAGAGGAACCAGGCUCUGAGGGGUGGCCAGUCCUCUUCUGGAUGUACUGGGUAGAGAGGAACCAGGCUCUGAGGGGUGGCCAGUCCUCUUCUGGAUGUACUGGGUAGAGAGGAACCAGGCUCUGAGGGGUGGCCAGUCCUCUUCUGGAUGUACUGGGUAGAGAGGAACCAGGCUCUGAGGGGUGGCCAGUCCUCUUCUGGAUGUACUGGGUAGACCAGAGGAACCAGGCUCUGAGGGGUGGCCAGUCCUCUUCUGGAUGUACUGGGUAGAGAGGAACCAGGCUCUGAGGGGUGGCCAGUCCUCUUCUGGAUGUACUGGGUAGAGAGGAACCAGGCUCUGAGGGGUGGCCAGUCCUCUUCUGGAUGUACUGGGUAGACCAGAGGAACCAGGCUCUGAGGGGUGGCCAGUCCUCUUCUGGAUGUACUGGGUAGAGAGGAACCAGGCUCUGAGGGGUGGCCAGUCCUCUGCUGGAUGUACUGGGUAGAGAGGAACCAGGCUCUGAGGGGUGGCCAGUCCUCUUCUGGAUGUACUGGGUAGAGAGGAACCAGGCUCUGAGGGGUGGCCAGUCCUCUUCUGGAUGUACUGGGUAGAGAGGAACCAGGCUCUGAGGGGUGGCCAGUCCUCUUCUGGAUGUACUGGGUAGAGAGGAACCAGGCUCUGAGGGGUGGCCAGUCCUCUUCUGGAUGUACUGGGUAGAGAGGAACCAGGCUCUGAGGGGUGGCCAGUCCUCUUCUGGAUGUACUGGGUAGACCAGAGGAACCAGGCUCUGAGGGGUGGCCAGUCCUCUUCUGGAUGUACUGGGUAGAGAGGAACCAGGCUCUGAGGGGUGGCCAGUCCUCUUCUGGAUGUACUGGGUAGAGAGGAACCAGGCUCUGAGGGGUGGCCAGUCCUCUUCUCUGUACUGCGUUAUAAGAGUGCAUGGUCAUUAAGGCCAGAUUGUUUUUUAAGAUGUUCAAACAUUCGUAGGUGACCAGCAGGGUUAAAGAAAUAUCAGUGGUUGUAGAGGGUGCAACAGGUCAGCACAUCAGGAGUAAAUGUCAGUUGGCUUUUCAAAGCCGAGCAUUGAGGUCAAGACAGUAUUUUUUUUUGCAUUAUUUCUCCUUUAUUUAACCAGGUGGCUAGUUGAGAACAAGUUCUCAUUUACAACUGCGACCUGGCCAAGAUAAAGCAAAGCAGCGCAACACAAAUAACAACAGAGUUACACAUGGAAUAAACAAGCGUACAGUCAAUUACAUAAUAGUAGAAAAAAAACUAUGUCUAUACAUAGUGUUUGCAAAUGUCGUGAGGAGGUAGUAGUAGUUGUGUAAAUGUGAAUUUGGCACACAAAUAAUCUCAGUGGAGAAUCUUGGGAUUGAACCGAGGACCUCAUACAUAAAUAGCAUGCACUCCCCCUCUGAGCUUUCAUCCCAUUUCAUUUGCAGAUAAAAAGCAAUAUUAAUACAAUGUACUUUUUAUAUACACCACUCCAUUGAAACUACAAUGAAAUGAUAGCAGCAAUUCUUAAUAAAGGCACGGACAGGGAUCGAACACAUGAACUUCAGUUUUUGAAAAUGAUGCCAUAAAAGUUGGCAAACAUGCCACUUCUGUUCUAUAAAUGUACGACCAGGGAUAGAACGCAUAUUCUUCAGAUUACAAAACCAAAUUAUUUAGCACAUCUCUGUUUCCUGCUUAGAACUUCAACAUUCUGUAGGAGUUGUGUCAAUGCAACAAUUAAAAAUGGGGAAGCUGGGGAUUGAACCCAGGACCUCAUACAUGCGAAGCAUGCACUCUACCACUGAGCUACAUCCCCUUUCUGUUGAGUUUCUAUGGCGUGAGGAGGUAAGGCAAUAAAUAGGCCAUAGUAGCGAAGUAAUUACAAUUUAGCAAAUUAACACUGGAGUGAUAGAUGAGCAGAUGAUGAUGUGCAAGUAGAAAUACUGGUGUGCAAAAGAGCAGAAAGUAAAUAAAAACAAUAUGGGGAUGAGGUAGGUAGAUUGGGUGGGCUAUUUACAGAUGGACUAUGUAACAGCUGCAGCAAUCGGUUAGCUGCUCAGAUAGCUGAUGUUUAAAGUUAGAGGGAAAUAGAAGUCUCCAUCCAGCUUCAGCGAUUUUUGCAAUUUGUUCCAGUCAUUGGCAUCAGAGAACUGGAAGGAAAGGCGGCCAAAUGAGGUGUUGGCUUUGGGGAUGACCAGUGAGAUAUACCUGCUGGAGCGCGUGCUACCGGUGGGUUUUGCUAUCGUGACCAGUGAACUGAGAUAAGGCGGAGCUUAACCUAGCAUAGACUUAUAGAUGACCUGGAGCCAGUCGGUCUUGCGAUGAAUAUGUAUCGAUGGCCAGCCGACUAGAACAGGUCACGGUGGUGGUAUAAGGCGCUUUGGGGAAAAAAACGGCACUGUGAUAGACUACAUCCAAUUUGCUGAGUAGAGUGUUGGAAGCUAUUUUCUAGAUGACAUCGCCGAAGUCGAGAAUCGGUAGGAUGCUCAGUUUUACUAGGGUAAGUUUGCCAGCAUGAGUGAAGGAGGCUUUGUUGCGAAAUAGAAAGCCGAUUCUAGAUUUGAUUUUGGAUUGGAGAUGUUUGCUAUGAGUCUGGAAGAAGAGUUUACAGUCUAGCCAGACACCUAGGUAUUUGUUGUUGUCCACCUUUUUAGGUCAGAACCGUCCAGAGUAGUGAUGCUAGUCGGGCGGGCAGCGAACGGUUGAAAAGCAUGCAUUAGGUUUUAAUAGCCACAGAAGGAGUGUUGUAUGGCAUUGAAGCUCGUUUGGAGGUUAGUUAACCUCUUUGGGAUAUGUGGAACGCUAGCCCAAGGGGGGGCAAGACCGGACAGAAAGAUCACAUCAGUGACUCAACCCACUCAAAUCGAGCACAUCAAAGCCUGACACAAUGUGACGCACCCCUCCUAGGGAUGGCAUGGAAGAGCACUAGUAAGCCAGUGACUCAGCCCACGUAAUAGGGUCAGAGGCAGAGAAUCACAGUGGAGAGAGGGGAGCCGACCAGGCAGAGACAGCAAGGGCGGUUCGUCCUUCCAGUGCAUUGUUGUUCACCUUCGCACCCCUGGCCCAGACUGCACUCAUAGGACCUACUGAAGAGAUGAUUGUUCAGUAAAGACUUUAAGGUCAAGACCAAGUCUGCGUCUCUCACAUGGGUAGGCAGACCAUUCCAUAUGUAGCUCUAUAGUAGAAAGCCCUGCCUCCAGCUGUUUGCUUAGAAAUUCUCGGGACAAUAAGGAGUCCUGCAUCUUGUGACCAUAGCGUACGUGUAGGUAUGUACAGCAGGACCAAAUCGGAGAGAUAGGUAGGAGCAAGUCCAUGUAGUGCUUUGUAGGUUAGCAGUAAAACCUUGAAAUCAGCCCUAUCCUUAACAGGAAGUCAGGGUAGAGGCUAGCACUGGAGUAAUAUGAUCUAGUCAAGAUUCAAGCAGCCGUAUUUAGCACUAACUGAAGUUUAUUUAGUGCUUUAUCUGGGUAGCCAGAGAGUAGAGCAUGGCAGUAGUCUAAUCUAGAAGUGACAAAAGCAUGGAUUAGCUUUUCUGCAUCAUUAUUGGACAAAAAGUCUCAGACUUUUGCAAUGUUACGAAGAUGGAAAAACUGCCCUUGAAACAGUCUUGAUAUGUUCGUCAAAGGAGAUAUCAGGGUCCAGAGUAACACCGCGGUCCUUCAGUUUUAUUUGAGAUGACUGUACCACCAUCAAGAUUAAUUGUCAGAUCCAACAGCAGAUCUCUUUGUUUCUUGGGACCUAGAACUAGCAUCUCUGGUUUGUCUGAUUUCAAAAGUAGAACAUUUGUUGAAAUCCACUUCCUUAUGUCUGAAACACAAGCUUCCAGGGACGGCAAUUUUGGCGCUUCACCAUGUUCAUUGAAAUGUACACCUGUGUGUCGUCCACAUAGCAGUGAAAGUUAACAUUGUGUUUCUGAAUGACAUCACCAAGAGGCAGAAUAUAUAUAUAUAUAGUGAAAACAGUAGUGGUCCUAAAACAGAACCUUGAGGAACACCGAAACGCACAGUUGAUUUGUCAGAUGACUGUAAUCUUUCCAACGGAUACAAUCUAAACCAGAACUUGUUUGUUUACCAAUUAGGAUUUGUUGAUCAAUGGUGUCAAAAGCAGCACUAAGGUCAGAUGCAAAGCCUUGGUCUGACGCAAUUAAAAGGUAAUUUACCACCUUCACGAGUGCAGUCUAGACUGAAGCAUUUCGUUAUUAUUUGUCUUCAGGAAGGCAGUAAGUUGCUGCACAAUAGCUUUUUCAAAAAAAUAUUGAGAGGAAUGGAAGAUUCGAUAUAGGCCGAUAAUUUUUAACAUUUUUCAGGUCAAGGUUUGGCUUUUUCAAGAGAAGCUUUAUUACUGCCACUUUUAGUGAGUUUGGUACACAUCUGGAGGUUAGGGAGCCGUUUAUUAUGUUCAACAUAGGAGGGCCAAGCACAGGAAGCAGCUCUUUCAGUAGUUUAGUUGGAAUCGGGUCCAGUAUGCAGCUGGAAGGUUUAAAGACCAUUACUAUUUUCGUAAAUAUGUGAAGAGAUGCAGGAUUUAAAAAACUUGAGUGUCUCCAUUGAUCCUAGGUCCUGGCAGUUCUGUGCAGACUCAGGACAGCUGAGCUUUGGAGAAAUAAGCAGAUUGAAAGAGGAGUCCGUAAUUUUCUUUCUAAGGAUAGUAUUUAGUUUUUUUUUGUCGAAGAAGUUCAUGAAUUUAUCACAACUGAAGUGAAAUUAUUUGCUUUUUUUGUUGAUACUUUUCAGUAUCCAAAAUAAAUGUUGGAUUGUUAUGAUUCUCCUAAAUUAUGUUGGAAAAAUAGGCUGAUCGAGCCACAAUGAGGGCUCUUUGAUACUGCACGGUACUGUCUUCCCAAGCUAGUCGGACGACUUCCAGUUUGGUGGAGUGCUAUUUCCUUUCCGAUUUCCAGGAAGCUUCAGGGCUCGGGUAUUUUCUGUAUAGCAGGAAGCUCAUUUCUGGUGACAAAUGUUUUACAUUUUUAUGGGUGUGACUGCAUCUAGGGUAUUACGCAAGGUUACAUUUAGAUACUCAGGUGGUUAACAGAUUUUUGUACUCCGACAUCCUUGGGUAGGUGGAGGGAGUCUGGAAGGACAUCUAGGAAUCUGUGGGUUGUCUGAUAAUUUAUAGCACGGCUUUUGAUAAUCCUUGGUUGGGGUCUGAGUAAAUUAUUUGUUGUGAUUGCAAAAGUAAUAAAAUGGUGGUCCGAUAGUCCAGGAUUAUGAGGAAAAACAUUUACUCUAGAUCCACAAUAUUUAUUCCACUGGACAAAACUAGAUCAAGGGGAUGACUGUGGCAAUGCGUAGGUCCGGAGACAUGUUGGACAAAACCCACUGAAUCGAUGAUGGCUCCGAAAGCCUUUUGGAGCAGGUCUGUGGACAUUUCAAUGUUAAUAUUGAAGUCACCAAAAAUAUGAAUAUUAUCUGCCAUGACUACAAAUUCCAAUAGGAAUUCAGGGAACUCAGUGAGGCUGUAUACAGCCCAGGAAGCCUGUUGUAACGAAGACGCAGGGUGUCAGGAAGCAGGUGCAGUUGGUGAGUUUAAUAUGAACAUGUAGAGAAUACAAAAUAAGAGACGCGUCUGGACAUGAUAACAAAGCCAAUACUGCCUGAUGAGUAAUGCUGAAGAGUGCUAGAUAAAUCAAAUCAAAUGUAUUUAUAUAGCCCUUCUUACAUCAGCUGAUGUCACAAAGUGCUGUACAGAAACCCAGCCUAAAACCCCAAACAGCAAGCAAUGCAGGUGUAGAAGCAAAGGGGAAGUAAUCAGGGUAGUGAUGAAGUCCAGGUGAAAUGAUGGGGCGCAGCUGUGUGUAAUGAGGGUUGCCAGGUGUGCGUAAUGAUGGGUUGCCAGGACUGGUGGUUAAUAAGCCAGCAAUAUUGAGCGACAGAGUGGGAGUAGACGUGACACCUGUAAACAAUAGCUUUAAAAAUUGAUUUAGAUUUCAUGAAUAGAACCUAAAAAGAUGAAAACUCAAGUCUUUUUUUAUUGUAAAUUGACAUUUGUUGUCGUAAAUGUUAGCAACACCUCCACCUUUGCAUGAUGCACAACGGACAUGGUCGCUAGUGUAACCAGGAAAUUAAUCAAGCUGGAGCCAUGUUUCAGUCAGGCCAAUCACAUCAAGGUUAUGAUCAGUUAUUCAAAUCAAAUCUAAUGUUAUUUGUCACGUGCGCCGAAUACAAUAGGUGUAGACCUCACAGUGAAAUGCUGAAUACAACAGGUGUAGUAGACCUCACAGUGAAAUGCUGAAUAUAACAGGUGUAGUAGACCUCACAGUGAAAUGCUGAAUACAACAGGUGUAGUAGACCUCACAGUGAAAUGCUGAAUACAACAGGUGUAGUAGACCUUACAGUGAAAUGCUGAAUACAACAGGUGUAGUAGACCUGACAGUGAACUGCUGAAUACAACAGGUGUAGUAGACCUCACAGUGAAAUGCUGAAUACAACAGGUGUAGUAGACCUCAUAGUGAAAUGCUGAAUACAACAGGUGUAGUAGACCUCACAGUGAAAUGCUGAAUACAACAGGUGUAGUAGACCUUACAGUGAAAUGCUGAAUACAACAGGUGUAGUAGACCUCACAGUGAAAUGCUGAAUAAAACAGGUGUAGUAGACCUUACAGUGAAAUGCUGAAUACAACAGGUGUAGACCUUACUGUGAAAUGCUGAAUACAACAGGUGUAGUAGACCUCACAGUGAAAUGCUGAAUACAACAGGUGUAGUAGACCUUACAGUGAAAUGCUGAAUACAACAGGUGUAGUAGACCUUACAGUGAAAUGCUGAAUACAACAGGUGUAGUAGACCUUACUGUGAAAUGCUGAAUACAACAGGUGUAGUAGACCUCACAGUGAAAUGCUGAAUACAACAGGUGUAGUAGACCUUACAGUGAAAUGCUGAAUACAACAGGUGUAGUAGACCUGACAGUGAAAUGCUGAAUACAACAGGUGUAGUAGACCUUACAGUGAAAUGCUGAAUACAACAGGUGUAGUAGACCUCACAGUGAAAUGCUGAAUAAAACAGGUGUAGUAGACCUUACAGUGAAAUGCUGAAUACAACAGGUGUAGACCUUACUGUGAAAUGCUGAAUACAACAGGUGUAGUAGACCUCACAGUGAAAUGCUGAAUACAACAGGUGUAGUAGACCUUACAGUGAAAUGCUGAAUACAACAGGUGUAGUAGACCUUACAGUGAAAUGCUGAAUACAACAGGUGUAGUAGACCUUACAGUGAAAUGCUGAAUACAACAGGUGUAGUAGACCUCACAGUGAAAUGCUGAAUACAACAGGUGUAGUAGACCUCACAGUGAAAUGCUGAAUACAACAGGUGUAGUAGACCUUACAGUGAAAUGCUGAAUACAACAGGUGUAGUUGACCUUACAGUGAAAUGCUGAAUACAACAGGUGUAGUAGACCUCACAGUGAAAUGCUGAAUACAACAGGUGUAGUAGACCUUACAGUGAAAUGCUGAAUACAACAGGUGUUCACCUUACAGUGAAAUGCUGACUACAACUGCCUUGGAAGUGAGGGAUCUAACAUUACGUAGCCCUACUUUGAUAUGUGAUAUAUCACAAUCUCUUUCAAUAAUGACAGGAAUGGAGGAGGUCUUUAUUCCAGUGAGAUUGCUAAGGCUAACACCGCCAUGUUUAGUUUUGCCCAACCUAGAUCGAGGCACAGACACGGUCUCAAUGGGGAUAGCUGAGCUGCCUACACUGACUAUGCUAGUGGCAGACUCCACUAAGCUGGCAGGCUGACUAACAGCCUGCUGCCUGGCCUGCACCCUAUCUCAUUGGGGAGCUACAGGAUUUAGAACCCUGUCUAUGUUGAUUGAUAAGAUGAGGAAUGGUUUGUCAAGAUCCGUGUGGAAGAACUUGACUGGCCUGCACAGAACCCUGACCUCAACCCCAUCGAACACCUUUGGGAUGAAUUGGAACGCCGACUGCGAGCCAGGCCUAAUCGCUCAACAUCAGUGCCCGACCUCACUAAUGCUCUUGUGGCUGAAUGGAGGCAGGUCCUGCUGCAAUAUUCCAACAACUAGUGGAAAGCCUUCCCAGAAGAGUCUGUUAUAUCAGCAAAGGGGGGGCCAACUCCAUAUUAAUGCCAAUGAUUUUGGAAUGAGAUGUUGGACGAUGUUGGACAUACUUUUGGUCAUGUAGUGUAUGUUAUUGUGUAUAUAUAUAUAUUAUUGUAUGUUUUUGUAUAUAUAUUAUUAUUGUAUGGUGUUAUUGUGUGUAUAUAUAUAUAUUAUUAUUGUAU